UUCUGCUUUUGGUUGAAAAUAGGAAUGACUGGAACAUGACAAAUGACUGAGGUUUGAUGAGACAGAGGAGUUCCUGUUUUGGCUGAAUAUAAGAAGAAUGUAAACCACAGGCAUGAGACUAGAUGACCAGGUCUACUGAGCAGGUUUGUUCCUUGUGAUUUAUGUUUACAUAUAUAGCCUUUUUGAUUUGUAUUUUUUAGAUGUUUUUGUUUUUUCCAGACAAUCAGUUUAUCAGUUCAUUACCAUCUUUUUAUCUGUGCUGCGUUAGCAUUUCAGAAGAGUUUUCUCUGAAUAUCUUCUUCUCUAUCUAGAAUGCUUCUUUCAUGGAUUGUAAUACCAAAGAGACUCCGGGAUAUUGGUUAUCUAACUCUGGAUGUUUUCCUAACUGGUAAAAGGGAUGGUUUUCAAAGAACCCUUCUCCUACUUCUCACCUGCAACUUCUCCAGUCUCCUGCUCAGCUCCCUACUCCUGCUUUACCUCCUCUUCAUUCUGAAUUAUGAGCUAGCAGUGGCUGGAGGGAUUACUGGCUGUUUUGGGAUAAUACUGACAGUCGCACUCUUCCUUUCAAAAAGAGUGCGAUGCUUUGGGACCCUAUUUGUGAUCUCUAUUUUCAUGAAGAAGAGUCGGAACCUGCUUCUGACUGCUGGGACCAGUUUGGUUCUUCUUAGAAACAUACGCAACACCUUGGAGAACCUCACCGACCUGGUCAGGAGUAUGAUAUGCAACUUGAGAGCCAAGAAAGAAGCUAUUGUUGCUCCAUUCAGUAGCUAUGUAAAGGUGUUAAAAUGGGUUGGAAACAUGCUCAAGGGGGUUACAGAUUUAGGGGUUUUUAACCUUGACUCCCAACUCACAGUUUUGCCCAGACUGGAAUCAAAACAUUUCAGGGAGAAACUCAUGGAAGCAGAGCAGAAGCUAAAUGUAACUGUGAAGUAUGUACAAUCCUUUGUAAAUACAGUAUCAUCUGUGAGUGAUAGGAUGUUUCCUGCCAUGAGCUUCCUUGUGCUAAUGGUGUUUAUAGUGCUGCAUAUAAAACAUUUUUGUAAUGACAUGAAAUACAAAAACAGGUUCAUCAGCAGUAAAUUUGUUAGUUUUGACGAGAAGCAGAAGGCAGAAGGAAAGCCCCAUGUCCUCCCCCUCACACCAGAAGAAGAGAAGCUGUACACCACUGUCACCUCAGCCCGCCCCACCACUAAAGAUGGGAGAGCUAUGCUAAAAUUUGGCAUUCCAGUUGUCCACCAUUUCGUUUCCUGGGUCAUAUUUAUAACUGUGGAUGGCUUAUUGUACUGUUUUGUUGAUAUUGUAACAACAAAGUUAUCUCAACUGGAACCAUUCCACGUACCAUUGUUAAUGAAAAUCAAAGGGAUUGCAACUUUAAUAGGUAUACCAUUUGUUGAGGAAAACCAUGAAGAAGACUUUUCCUACUCUGUGACCCUGUUUGAGGAAAAAUGUCUCCCUAAACCCAAGCUGCUGCUCUAUAACUCUGUAGUUCCUUUGGCUGCCAUCCUGCUCACGCUGCUCAUAAUGGCUCUGAUGGCCGCUAAAGUGGCCCAGAUCAGAAUGAUCGUCUGUGAGCAAUUCUUCUCUGCCGCUGCAGAGAAGAGAGUGGAAUACCUGCACACCAAAAUCCUGAGAAAGCAGUUAAAAAAGAGGAGGGAGAAAAUCUGCUAUCUCACAUCUGUCUUUUUUAAGCCACAUUUUUGGUGCCCUUUGCUCUUCAGGCCCAAAGAGGAUGUACAAGGAAACGGAGGGCUUAGCCCUGCUAGCCCAUUCAUUCUAACCUUCCCUGGGUAUUCACUACAUCACCUACAUAGCCUUCAUUGAUGGGACAGCAGAAGGCAGGAAACAUGUAGAGAAGAAAGUAAGACCUGCGGCAAAGGGCAGAGGCCGGUAGUUAAUCCUGAGGCUGAUGUUUCAAGGACAGUAGCCCCUGGUAUACAGGGUGAUGAUCUACUAAAUGAGCUAAACUGCCGUCCUGCCAUCACUCUAUUAUACAGUGUAAAAUCCACAGUUUACAGUCCGCUUUGGAUUACAUCCAAACCUUUUACUUUGUGUGCUGAGUACAAAUUCAACAAGACAACACCAAUCCACACAAAUUGAUAUAUUUUUGUUUGAACCACGUUUGAUAGAGAACUGGUUUAUGUUAUGUACAAGUUUGAAUCUCACAAAUUGUAUAAACUUAAAAAAAACAGAGGGACUUCAAACUCUCUGACAUUGUUUUUUUUUUCUAUUUAUUUACUGGAUGUCUGUGUUUCUGUGCUUGGAUACUUUUUAACUUUGAGGAAUAUUUCACCAAUAAAUGUGUGGUGCACAA